UUGUCAAAUUCAUUUUAUUUUCCUUUGGUUUUACCACUUCUUGAGCUAGGUUUGACUUUUUUUUUUUUUUUUUUUUUUCUUUCCUGCUUGGUUGGCUAGAAAAUACUAGAAAUUGAAUUUUGCAGACUUUUGAUCUGAAUCCGUAAAGGAGAUGGUCUCCGGUGAGAUAUCACUGAUUUCGAAAUGGGAAUAGUAUAUUUCCAUUUCCUUGAAAUUCUCAACCCUCCGAAGAGAUAGGAGGUGUCAAACAAUUGAAAAUACUUUUUUGUUUUUUUUUGUCUUCAAGCAUGAAAUAACCACAGACAGUCCUUUGUGGAUGAAAUUUUGAUGACAUUAUAUAGCAAGGAGAGAGAAUUAUUUGUCAUAAAUAGGGAAAUAUGGAGUGUAAUAAAGAUGAAGCAAUCAGGGCAAAAGAAAUUGCUGAGACGAAGUUUACAGAAAGAGAUUUUGCUGGGGCAAAAAAAUUUGCUUUGAAGGCCCAAAACUUGUAUCCUGAGCUUGACGGUCUAUCUCAAAUGCUGGUGACAUUUGAUGUGCAUGCGUCUGCUGAGAAAAGAACAGUUACUGGCGAAGUUGAUUGGUAUUGUGUGCUUGGUGUAAACCCCUGGGCUGAUUAUGAGACAGUCAGGAAACAGUACCAAAAACUGGCCCUCAUGCUUCACCCUGAUAAAAACAAAGCGUUGGGUGCAGAUGGUGCAUUUAAGCUUGUGUCAGAUGCAUGGAGUAUAUUAUCUGAUAAGUCAAAGAGCUUAGCAUACAAUGAGAAAUUAAAUGUUGUAGGACAUCAACAGAGAGUUUCAACAGAGACUAAGUUUCCCUCAACAUCACCUACUGCUAAUGGCUUUCAUAAUUGUGACAGUGCUGUGAAUUUAGAUGCGAGGACUCAGAACAAGAAUACUUGGGCAGGUCCAACCUUGGUUCCACCUCCUCCUUAUCAAAAAUCUUAUACUUUUUGGACUAUCUGCAACAAAUGUAAGACACAGUAUGAGUAUCUGAGGAUGUAUCUAAAUCAUACCCUCUUAUGCCCAAAUUGUCAUGAAGCUUUUUUUGCUGCAGAGAAGCCUCCACCUCAAAACGUAAUGAAGCCAUCCAAUUAUUCAUCUCGCCAAAAGCAUCAAAGUUCAAGACAUCGUGCUGCAAAUAGUACCCUGUUUAAUGUUGGAAGAAAUUGUGGAGUUGCUCAAAGCUCUGGACGUGAGGGGUUUGGAGUAAAUUCAUCCAACAGCCCAGAUAUCCAGGGGAAUCAUUUUUCCAGGAUGGCUGCUACCAGGGCUACGGUUGCAUCACUGUCUACUUCUGCUCAAGCUGCAAGCAUGGUUGAGCAGUCACAUCAGCAUGUGAAGAGAGAGCCUCAGGAAGUAAAGGCUGACCAAAUCUUUAAAAGGAGAAGAUCUAUUGAAACUUAUAUGAAUUCUUAUGGAGCUGGGAGUGGAAGAUCAGGCUUGGGGAGUGCAUCUGAACAAAAAAGGGACUAUGUUGGGAUGGAAAGGACCUAUGGCUUUCCUAGUACUAACAAUAAGCCCAACAGCAAGAGAGAGUUGCUACCUGUUGAGCUCCGAAACAUGUUGAUGGAGAAGGCAAGGUUAGAUAUUUGUAAAAAGCUUAAAGAGUGGAGCUCAAAUGAAGUAAAACUGAAACAAGGCAAAAAGCAUAUAAGCAUGGUAGGGAAUGAUACAAAUAAUCAGAAGCAUGAUAACUAUGCUAUUAUGGAUAAUGGAAACCAAAGCAAGAAGUUUUUCCGUGUUUUUUCUUCUGAUGAUUCCAUUAAAAAUGCCCCGGCACCAAUGGCAAUUAAUGUACCAGACCCUGAUUUUCACAAUUUUGAUUCGGAUCGAACUGAAAGUGCUUUUAGAGAUGACCAGGUUUGGGCUGCCUAUGAUGAAGAUGAUGGAAUGCCUCGUUACUAUGCUCGAGUUCACAAGGUUAUCUCCUUGAAACCAUUCAAGAUGAGCAUUAGUUGGCUCAACUCAAGGAGCAACCGUGAAUUUAGCUCUGUAGACUGGGUAGGUUCUGGUUUCCCCAAGACUUGUGGGGAUUUCAGGGCUGGCAAACAUGAGAUCAGUGAAACAUUAAAUUCUUUCUCUCACAAGGUUAAAUGGACAAAAGGCACUCGUGGGGCCAUUUGCAUACUUCCAGGAAAGGGAGACGUUUGGGAUCUUUAUAGGAACUGGUCCCCAGACUGGGAUGAGCAUACUCCAGAUGAAGUGGUACACCAAUAUGACAUGGUGGAAAUGCUUGAUGACUAUAAUGAAGAACAAGGUGUGUCUGUUGUUCCUCUUGUUAAGGUUGCUGGUUUGAAGACAGUUUUUCGUAGGCAUAUGGAUCCCAAAGAAAUUAGGAAGAUUCCAAAAGAGGAGAUGUUUCGCUUCUCUCAUCAGGUCCCAGAUCAUCUGCUUACUGGUGAAGAAGCCCAUAAUUCUCCAAAGGGCUGUCGGGAGUUAGAUCCAGCAGCUGCUCCUUUGGAACUUCUUUAGGAACUAAAGUUGAUCAGGUGUUGCAUAAUGCCUCAGUAGCCAAGGAGGUUGAGGUGAUAGAAAGUGAUGAACAAGUCAAGGAUAAUAAAUAAGGUCUGGUAAAUAGGUGGCUGAGGAAGCCAUUGUUGUAGAUGAUUCUGAAAAGGCUGAGAAAUUAGCUUUUGGAAACUGCUCAAGAUAAUAUCAAUAUAGGUAAGGUUUUCUUGUUUCAUUUUCUUCUUCAAAGCUGAUCCAUACUGUAGAUGCUUUUUUGCACCAUAACUGCAUAUGCAGAUGAUGCAAAGUCAUUUAUUAUAUUUUAUUUUAUUUUAUUGUAUAUUAUUUUUAGAGUUUAGGAAUGGUGGAUUUGGGUAUAAAAUAACUCAUGCUUUACUUUGAUCAAGUGUGCUGGGACUGGCAGCAACCCAUAUAAUUGUACCAUUUAUGAUUGUGAAUUGUCACAAUUUCUUUCA